AUGACCAGAGUUUCCAGAUACUCUUCACAUCUCACAGCUUCCUUCUUUGUGCUUAAAUUUGCUUUUAAAUAAAUUUUCACACCUCAACGUUGAUUUGAAUCUUUCUGUGGCAUCUGGAGGACGGAAUUUUUGCCACAUUGGAGCUUUGUGCGCGUCAGACGGCGAUCCACGGGCCAGUUUGGAGAGGAGAAUUCAGCCUUCUGUUGAACGCAUGUCCUCACAUGGCCUGGAAGCAAAUAUAGCUCAGUCACUUGCUAUAGGACUUGCUGCACCAGUUCUUUUUUUUUUACCCGAUCAUGGUGUGGAGGAGAGUGACCUCGUAGCAGCAGCAGUGCGCAAUCUUCCAUCUGACGUGGAUCUGCUCUCUGCCGUGAUGAUAACUGAGGACAAUGAGAUGGAGAGCGACGCGCAGCUCCAGCGCUCCCCAAACAACAUGCCCAUCCAGCCGGUUUCAUCCAAGCUCCAGAGAUUGAAACGCUCGCUGUCCUUCAAGACCAUGAUGCGCAGCAAGAGCGUGGAGAACUUCUUCCAAAGGUCCUACAGCGAUGCUCGCCUGCCUGCAGACUUCAUCACUGAUCCACCGCCACCUUCUCCUCCGCUGCCACCCGGCUCCCCUCUUGUUGGAGAGCGUUCGCCCUCCAUUUCACCGUCUCUUAGCCCCAACCCUUCCAUCUGUUCCCACUCACCGUCUCUCAGCCUUUCCCCAUCGCUGCCUGCCAAGCCUCCCCGAGCUCAGAUUAACCACUGCUUUCAGGACCACAUCUUUCGGAAGCCCACUAACUGCCAGCACUGCAAGCAAAUGAUAGUGGGAAAUUCCAAACAAGCUCUGCGGUGUAAAACGUGCAAGAUGGCUGCUCACCUGUGGUGCACAUCAGAACUUUCACAGCAGCAAUGUCAUGGAAAGUCUGGAGCAUUCAAGCGAAACUUCAGCUCUCCGAUGCUCGUCAAUGACCAAUUGGCUGUCGUCAAGGAAGUUCAGCCAUGCCAAGAGGCUGCGCGGAUGCGUGUAGACCCUGUGUAUGCUGCCUUGCGCUACGGGACGUCCUUGGCACAGAUGAGCCGUUCCAGUUUUGGCAGUUUAUCAGAAUCACCAACACGCAGCUUGGGGGAGGGAGGUGAAGAGAGGGAGGAGAGACAGUGCAGCAUGGAGGAGGAGAUAACACAAGAAACAGGGGAAAUCCUCUCGACCCUUCCAGAGAAAGAGAUGGAGAAGGAGGUGGAGCAGAGCAGCGAGCAAGCUGAGAUUCUUGCAGAGGACAGCAGUGCAAAGUUGCCCAAGCGCAUCGAAGUCCACUCCAUCCACACCUAUGUAGCGCUCUACAGGUUCCUGCCUCAGGAGCAGAACGACCUGGAACUACAUCCUGGGGAUCGGGUGCAGGUCACAGACGACUCUAAUGAGGAGUGGUGGAAGGGGAAAAGUGGUGACAGAGUUGGCUUUUUCCCUGCCAACUUUGUUCAAAGGGUCCGACCAGGAGAGCGGGUCUGGCGGGUUGUCCACGGGGUUCCUGGCAAUAGAGAAAGGGGACACAUGGCAGUGAGGGAGUCCCAGAUUUGUGUUGGGAAGAGAGAAGAUGGAGAAGCGUUUCUGAAGCUGAGCAGUGGCAAGAAGAGGGGCCUGGUUCCAGCCGACUCCAUAGAGGAGAUCUGAACUUUAUUUCCCUUCUACACUUUAAACUUUCAGCACCACACUCUGUCCUCUCUCUGGAGAAAUGACCAUCUAAGCCUCUGCAGUUGCACAGAAACACCUGCACACCACCGUCCUCGAUAAACAUGUUUUCUGAGAGAAUUCGUCGACCGAUGUCCUGCUCCUAAAGAUGGAAGGGACUCUACGUUAAGAUAAAGGGAAGCAGAGGUCAAUCUGGCUUUAAACGUUUGGAUCAGAUUUCGUUUUGCUCGUCAAAAACACUUUUUCCAACUGUGGGAGGAGGAUGAAUCUUGUUAUGGGAACAUCAUGGUUGUGUCAGUGUCCUUUUCUUGCUUCUACCCACUCUGUGUGUCUCAUCACUAUCUGCUCAUUUCAGGGCUUUUUUUCCCCCUGAGGGUUGUUAUAUUGUACUGCUACUGCAACUAGAGACUCUUUGCAAGAAACGACCACUGCCAUCUAUUGAAAGCAACACUGCCACAAGAGCAACUUCCGGCUGAGAUUGGAGGAGGUUGUGCAAACUUUAAGCCUGCAUUAGACAGUAAACUAAUAAAUAUAAAAAUGCAGGAUCAUUUUUACAGGAAAAUGUAAGGCUUCAAGGAUCUUGUCACAAAUGAUCAAAUUUGUAUUUUACAGACUUUUCAAAGUGUGGUAGUAUCUAUAAUAGGAUUUGAAAAUAAUUCAUCAUCUUUUAAGUUUUAAUGUGAAACCCUUAAACACGUAACGGGUAACAGCUGCAACUCAAUGUUCAAUAACCUGCUUGAAUUUUGAAAGAUUGCUUUAAAAACAACUGGUGUAAGAUGAUGGUACCCAAUCAUUUUAUGCAGCCAUUUUGCAGUAAUUGUCUGUGCUUCAGUGGUUGUCUGUAUACGGUAUACACCCCUGUUAUACUAUGACAUUUACCUUGUACAGUUUAUCUGAAAAUCAAAUCAACUUAAAAAUAAAAAGGUGCAAUAACCUGGUUGCAUAACUGUAAUUUGCAUAAAUUACACAUUUAAUCGAAACUUUGUUGAUAAACCUUUUGCAAAGGAAACCAUAGUUAAAAAAUUAUAAUAAUCAAAUUUUAAAUCAGGUUCAAAAUCGGGCAUCUCCUCCUUACAUAUCGAAGGUACAAUGCAUACCAGAAAAAAAGGUUAAUGCAGAAAUUCAUCACGCUUCAACAAAAUAUUUGCAUCAAGGUCUGCAUAUUUUUGCAGGCAGGUAAUAGCACCUCAUAUUUUUGUUGAAAAGGUUUGGAAGCAAUUUGUCAUGGUCUGUUUUUUUUUUUUUUUAUCACAAAGCCCUGGCUUUUAAAAGCAGUGUGUAAAUGUUUGGGUGUCUCUGUGGAAUAAGAAAAAAAAUCAAAGGAAGUUUGUUGAAAGAACCAGAUCAUUUAGAAGGAGCAGUCUCCGUUUUGAGCUUGAUGAGAGCAGAGAGCACGAAGAAAAAGGUGUCAACAAGUGUGGAAGUUCAAAGCGGAAGACGCUGUUCUCCUGUUUUCACACACCAGCUCGCUGUGGACUGGGAGGUUGCCGCCUGCUGAGACUCUCUCAAGUCGCCGCAGCGUGCGUUACAAGUCCUGCCCGGCGUUUUUUAACACAUUCUCUGCAGAUGAAAACAACAGGGAAUAAAACCGAUCUGCAGCCAUUGUUCCUGAAAAUAAGAACAGCAACAUUUUAAGGAUCUCUCUGGCUGUGACAGAGUCUAAGUUUCUCUGACAGUUCAGAGGAAGAGGCGAUGCAGGAAAAGAGAUGACAGGAUCGUUGAACCGUUAUGAGUCAACUUGCACUGAGGUAACAUUCAUUCAUUGAUCAAAUGUCAGCCUGACUUCCUCUCCUCCCAGUUUGAACUUUCCUGUCCUCUUGCUAUUGAUGAGGCUAGUCAGCUGUGGCAUACAGUGAGCACAUUCCUUCCUUGUAACCCGGCAUACUUUGGAUAGUUUAGACAUCUAUUAUUAUUAUUGUAUUCAUAUUGCAACAAAUUUGAUGCAUUUCCUGCCAGACCUCCUUCUGCUUGAAGUAGAAAAUCAUAGUAGCCAAUAUAAGUAAUAAAAUCCAUGUUUUGGCCUUUAAAAGGUAAAA